AUAGACGGCGCUGCGAGAAAUAUUUUAAUUUUUUUGUUUCUGGACAAUUCUCUUGCUUCACAAAAUCAUCGAGAAUGCCUGUAACGCUUCGUGGAAAGCUUGUCUUAUGCGGUGAUUCAACAUCUGGCAAAAGUGCCAUCACGCAAGUAUUUCAUAGCGAUGGGGCACACUUCCCGAAGAAUUACAGCAUGACAACUGGAGUGGAACUUUGUGUGAAAACUGUCAACAUACCAGAUACACAGGAUAGUGUGGAAUUAUAUGUCCAUGACUCCGCUGGUAAAGAGGUCUUUGCUGAACAUGUACAAAAAUUUUGGGAUCAACCGUCCAUGGUUAUGGUAGUGUACGAUGUAACUAGUGAAACAUCAUUCAACAGCUGUGCAAAAUGGUUAGAAAGAGUGCGGUCGCAGAAACCCGGGGUUGCUGUGCCAGGUGUGCUUGUUGCCAAUAAGAUUGAUCUUGACCAGAGACGCCUCAUUUCACCAAAAGAGGGCAAAAGUUUUGCUCAGUCAAAUGGUUUAGAGUACUUCGAAGUGUCGGCAAAAGAAAUGCAAAACGUUGAGUCUCCAUUCUAUUAUCUCGCAAACGAAUUCUACCGGCUUUACCAAGAACAACUGGAUGUUUUUAGAACUCUCUCAAUGUAGGAAUCUGAACUACUUGAUAUAGACAUUCAUGUACUUUGAAUCUAUUUUGUGUGCCACUGUGGAAUUCAAAACAAAGAAUUCUAAUCUACUGAGGAAGCUGGAUACUCAAGUACCAUCAUAGAAUGGAUUCUUCUUCUUUAACAUUAAUUUGUAUUCUCUUGUAUACAUUCAAUGUGUUCACAAACAGUGAGUUUCUGGUGCACAUAAAUAUCACAUUACGAGAACUUUUAAGCCCAUUUGAGAAAAGUGCAGUAGUGCAGGUCUGGCAAUAACACCUGCUCCUCCUCUCCCAAAAUUGUUCUUUUGUCCAUCCAUCUUGGUUGAUUUCAUAUCCGUACAUAUAUCCUUUGCUUGAGCAUAACAUAAAACAGUCCGUCCAUUUCAUUCAUAGAUAUGCUCAUUCAAACAGAUAUUGUGUAAAUUUGGUAUCCCAUCUGUCAAUUAUAAUUGUUCACAUUGUAGAUGUGGGUUUCAAUAAAUCAA